AUGAGCCGUAGGGGGAAGACUCCCAGGCUGGACCUGAGGCUGAACCUGUCCAUUCCGCGUGGCGGCGGGUUCUCCGCAGCGGCCGCCGGCGGAGGCGGCGGCGUCGGAGCCACCGCCGACGCCACCGCGUCGUCGAACAUCUCCCCGUCGUCGUCGUCGUCCCCGAGCUCGUGCCUCUCGUCGGAGACGGAGCAGGGGCGGUACGCCAGCAGCCCCGAGGCCACGUCCAUGGUGCUGCUGGGCUGCCCGCGCUGCCUCAUGUACGUGAUGCUCUCCGAGGACGAUCCCAAGUGCCCCAAGUGCAAGAGCACCGUCCUCCUCGACUUCCUCAACGACCCCAAGAACGCUGCCACCGCCAAGAACAAGAAGAACUGA